AUGGGCACUCUAAGUAAGGGGCUAAUGCCUACUCGGAUUGACAUGGACGGCAUUUGCUGGGUCACGUUCAGAUACAAAGACAAUCUCUACUCGUCACUAGGUCUUGUCUCAAUCGGUUUUGGCGUCUUAAACCCUUCUCUUCAAGCUUUUGGUAAAGGUAUCGCUUUGAUGGAGAGAAUGGGAGUUGGAAUGUUCCUAUCGAUCAUUGCCAUUGUUAUUGCGGCAUUAGUCGAAAGGAAAAGACUAGACAUAAGCCAAAGGACGAAGACUUUACCUGGUUAUGAUCCGAAACCGUACAGCUGA